AUGUACGCUACCUUAGACAUCCAAUCGCAGGUACUGUUGCCCAUUAACGUUGCAACAACACCUCACCACACUACGGUACACCAUCUUCCCCGGUUCUUUCAUACGAGUAGUGAAUCCUCAUCAGGAUCAUCAUCCCUACUCAUACUAUGGAGCUAUGGAGCAUCCAUUCUCACCCCGACCAAAACACCCGUCAUACUCGCGAUCAUCAACACCCAAAAUGCCGAGUACGAAAAGAAAAUCACCAUGGCUUGGUCGACAAUGCAAACAUCCUCCCCCACAAGCAGUGGACCGACUAAACCAGCGAUUGGAUCACUCGGACAAUUCUCUAUAAACUCUUCUCCAUCAAAGAGUCAAUGCAAAAACUACAAGUACAACCUUCAUCACCCCCAUCAGUCCCAUCCUCUUCACCCAUCCUCAUCCUACACUUCCACACAAACCAACCAACCAACCACCAAAAUGCAGCUCUCCCUCACCUCCCUCGUCUCCCUCCUCGCAGCGGCCCAGUCCGCCUCAGCCUGGCAGAGUACGUCAACCACACCCCCCCUCCCUUUGCCCUCUUCCCCAUCACUAACCUAUUCCACAGUUAUCGGCUACGCCGACAGCAGAAUCUGCAACGACCAGGUCCAGAACCGCGUCCUCCGCGGCAGCACCUUCCACGACACCUGCUUCACCUUCGGCCAGUCCAUGCCAGGCGUGUCUUGCACCCACUACGCCAGAAACGGGGCCCCCGCCCAGGCCUGCAGCGGCCAUCUCCCCAUCGUCUCCAUCCGCCACGGCACCGGAGAGAACUGCAUCUUCUACAGAAACGGGGGCUGCACUGGCGACCAGAUUUGGAAGAACGGCGUCAACGGCUGCGCUACCUUUGGCGAUCGCACCACCAUUGGAUCCUACAGGUGCAGCACCCGUUAA